AUGGCGCCGGAUCUCAACACCAUAGGAAGCGGCAAGCAAUGGGACUACUCAACGCCUGGAUCUGGCGGCUACAACGUCCCAGAUAUAGUCUAUAAUGACCCAUCAUCUCGAAAGCUCAAAGUGGUGACCAUCGGAGCCGGCUUGUCUGGUAUUCAAAUGGCGUAUCAGAUACAGAAACACACGCAGAACGUCGAGCAUGUCAUCUAUGAGAAGAACGCCAAUUUAGGAGGCACAUGGCUCGAGAACAGAUACCCAGGUUGUGCUUGCGAUGUCCCGUCCCAUGCCUACACCCUCAACUUUGCUCUCAACCCAGACUGGCCGCGCUUCUUCUCAUACGCACCAGACAUCCAAAAGUACCUCGAAAAAGUCUGCGAUGUGUUUGACUUGCGCAAGUACAUGACGUUCAACACCGAAGCCGUUCGAGCCGAGUGGCAAGACGAUGUCGGCAAGUGGAAGGUUACGCUCCGCCAGAAGUCAUCUUCCGGCGAAGAAAGAGAGUUCGAAGAAGAAUGUGACCUUCUUCUCUACGCUUCCGGCAUUCUCAACAACUACAAGUGGCCUGGUAUCAAAGGCAUCAACAGCUUCAAGGGCCGCAUCGUUCAUACCGCGACAUGGCCGAAGGACUAUCAAAGUGAGCAGUGGAAGGACGACCGCGUGGCUAUCGUUGGCUCUGGCGCUUCUUCUAUUCAAACGGUACCUAACAUGCAACCACACGUUAAGCAUAUGGACAUCUUCGUCCGAACCGGGGUGUGGUUUGUCCAAAUUGCAAACAACUACGGCCAGAACAAGGAGUACUCACAAGAUGAGCGCGAGGAAUUCCGGAAAGACCCACGCAAGCUAGUCGCCCACGCCAAAGACAUCGAGAACCAGAUCAACGGACUUUGGGGAGCGUUCUACGCCGGAAGUGAAGAGCAGAAAGGCGCUCAGGAUCUGUUCAGAGAACGAAUGAGGGAGUUUAUCAAGGAUGAGCGACUCUUGAACGGAUUUACCCCGAAGUUUGAGGUCGGCUGCCGUCGCAUAACCCCGGGCGACCCUUACAUGAAAGCCAUUCAGGAGCCAAACGUCGAUGUGCACUUCACCGCCGUGAAUGAGAUCACAGAAAUCGGUGUCGUCGGUGCAGACGGCAUUGAGCGUGAAGUCGACACCAUCGUCUGCGCCACCGGCUUCGACGUAACCUACCGCCCCCGCUUCCCUAUCAUCGGUAAGAACGGUGUCGACCUCUACGAAAAGUGGAAGAACGAGCCCAAAGGCUACCUCGGCCUCGCAUGCCCCGACAUGCCCAACUGGCUAAUGUUCAUCGGCCCAACCUGGCCCGUCGAGAACGGCUCCGUUACCGGUCCCUUGCUAGCAGUCGCAGAAUACACCAUCCAAAUCAUCAAGAAGAUGCAACGCGAUCACAUCAAAUUCUGGGUCCCGCGUCAAGACAUCACCGAUCAAUUCAACGAGCAUGCGCAAGAAUGGGUCAAGCACACAGUCUGGAAAGGUGAAUGCAGAUCUUGGUACAAAAACAACGACACCGGCCGCGUCAAUGCCGUUUGGCCAGGCUCUUCGAACCAAUACGCUGAAGCUAUUGAGACGCCGCGAUAUGAAGACUUUCAUAUUGAGUAUAUGCAUAAGAACCCCUGGGCGCAUUUGGGCAUGGGGUAUGCGAUGCGCAAUAAGCAGUUUCCCGAGGCGGAUGUUAGCCCGUAUUUGCAGUUGGAGAAUAUUGAUCCGCAGUGGCUAAAGGCUAUUGGGUAUGAGGGGCCGGCGGAGGUGGUGGCGAAGGUGAGGGAAAGGAAGGAGGAGGUGGAUGUUAAGAGGGCGGGGGUGGAUGGGGGGCUUGAGGGUGGGGAUGGGAAUACGCUGACGUAG